UUCAGGCAUCAGAUGUGAAUCUUUUUUGUUGAAUGUAGGAUGAAGAAGAAGUUGAUCAUUGACUUGGACACAGGGGUGGAUGAUGCUCAGGCCAUCAUGGUGGCUCUCGCGGCCCCCAAUGUGGAGAUUUUGGGGAUCACUUGCUGCCACGGCAACACACCCCUGGAGAACGUCCUCAAGAACACACUGCGUGUCCUGAAAGUCUGCAACAGGCUGGAUAUCCCUGUGUAUCGUGGCUGCUCAAAGCCCCUGCUCGCCCAUGAACAAAAUGCUGGAGAUUAUCAUGGGAAGGACGGCCUGGGCGAGGUCCCGGAUCCAGACGCUCCAGGCCUUGAGCUGUUGCAGAAGAAAAAAGCUGUGGAGGCCAUGAUUAAGAUUGUAAAAGAGAACCCUGGGGAGGUGACUCUGGUGGCCAUGGCCCCUCUGACUAACCUGGCUGUCGCAGUACAACUGGACCCCUCCCUCCCCAAGAAGCUGAAGGCGCUCUACAUCAUGGGAGGAAACACUGAAUCCAGGGGUAACACCACAGCGUGUGGAGAGUUUAACUUUGUGGCUGACCCUGAGGCUGCCUACAUUGUAUUGGACUGCUACACCUGUCCCACCUACAUCGCCACCUGGGAGUUCAGCUGCAAGAACAGCCUGCCGUGGUCCUUCUGUGACCAGUGGCUGGCCCAAAACACUGAGAAGGCUGCCUUUAUGAAAAAGAUUACAUGCCUUUCAAUGACGGUAACAGUGUGCAGAUUAUAAUAACAGGGCAGGAAAUGGUUAUGUUGUGGAAAUUUGCAAUAAAAGGUUAUGCAUUUGUAGUGAACCUACUCUUUGUUGAUGAAAUUAUGAAUCAUAAGCACUCAUUUGGGGCAACACCUAAAAUUUGCUGUCCGCUCAAGGCUUUUAGGACUCCUUGGGUAUAGCUUAUAAUUGCUAACAAUUGUUACUAGUGAUCAAUUAGUAAUUGCUUAAUUGUUUUAAAUCAGUUUGUUUAUUCAGUCAGUAAGUCUCAAAUCAAAGGGUGAAUCCGUCCUUGGCCACAAAAUGCAGAGUUUGGUUUUGCCUUUUACCGUCUGGUGUCAAAGGCUCACGAACAGCUGGCUCGGUUCAUUGCGUUCAUGCAAUGUCUGAGAUCGUAUUCAUUUUAAUCCUCCGUUUGUAAACUAAAACAGAGUAGUGUGGAUGGGGGCUUUUGUUAUCUUAUCUCCCCAGGAGAUGGUGGUUUUGCUUGGUUGUUUACUUGCAUCCAGCACUCAGAGUGGAAAUAAGGCCUUUUUGAUGUGGCAGACCUUUCACUCCCACCUCUUUUAGGGUGUUUCAGCUUGGAGUCAGCCUGUCUGCUUGAGGGGUGAUAAAAUAUUUGGUAAAUAUAUAAAAGAUUUGGCAUAAAAUAAUUAAAUGUCCACUGGUUGUUCACUACAUAUUUAAUGACAUGUCCUUAUAAGAAGAACAACUAGAUAACUAUUCAAUGUUCUUAAAAGGGUUUUUAUCUUCUAACAGUAGUUCUUCAACUCAACUAAAUUAGAAUUUGCACUCUAAUUAUGUUCUUGUUAUGAUUAUUUAGCAUUUCAAAUAUGUUUACAAGCCCUUUUGGGGCUCUGAGCAGAAUACCUCCUCCGCUACCACCCCAAAAUGUGCCAGCAAUAACUACACUAUAAUGUAACACAAGAAAAGUCAUAAAUGAAAAUAUAAAAUUACAGUAUAGUAACAGAAGACAUAGCAACAGAUUGUGUUGUAAAUAAAAUAAUUCCCCUAAAAUGUGUUUUAUGAUCACCAAACUUUUUUCAAGCCACCAAACCAAAAGAUUUUGCAUUGAACCCACAGAACAAGUGUUUUUAUCCCGACAUUAUUGACAAAGUUCAGUGCUGUGAGAGUUAUCACAGAGUGUAACUUUAAAUGCUUUUGACAAUAAAUAAACAGCAAAAUCUAUAGAUGAAGUUUGGGCUCCCUGGCAGCUGCUUAGUCUUUUUAUGCCUUGGUCCUCCUCUUCAGUGCCGAAUGAUCUUCAGUCACAUGUAAAUGCCUCUUCAUGAUUUAAUGUUUCUGCAGAGAGCUCGGUCCGCAGACUAUCAAAAGGAGAUCACAACAGGACAAGGGUUCAACUCCUGUGACACCUACGCCAUGGCUGCCGCCAUCGAUGACACAUUCAUAACAGAGAGUGAGGAGGUUGCAGUGACAGUGGAGUUGGCGGGGACCUAUACCCGAGGCAUGAUGGUGCUGGACUACAUGGAGCUGCUGAAGAAGAAGCACAAGGCUUUUAUCAUGAAGAAAGUAGACUUGGAAAAGUUAAUGCAAAUGUUCAUGAAUUCACUGAAUUAGUAAUAGACUGUAACAAGCUGAUGGCUUGCAUUUGGUUCACCAAAAUAAAUACCUAAGUGAAAAAGAAAUAUA